AUGGCGCCACAACAAUUCCCCAGCGUUUCGCGAGAAAGCACCCUCGCCAAACUCCCCGCUGAGUAUGCCUCCGACGCGCAAGACCAAAUUUCCAACAUCCUCGCAACGACCCCAAUCAACCGCCUCGUCGUACUCGACGACGACCCAACAGGCACACAAACCUGCCAUGACAUCUCGGUCCUAACGGUAUGGGACGUCUCAACUCUAGUAGCCGAGUUCCAGAGCAAUUCCCCGGGCUUCUUCAUCCUAACCAAUUCACGCGCCCUCCCACCCGCCGAAGCCGAGACUCUCAUCCGCACGAUAUGCACUAACGUCGCCGAAGCGGCGAAAGCCACGGGUAACAAGGUCGACAUCGUCCUCCGAGGAGAUAGUACACUACGCGGUCACUUCCCUCUCGAACCAGACGUCGUGCAAUCCGUCUUUGGGCCCGCUGAUGCCCUCGUGCUCGCACCAUUCUUUUUCCAAGGCGGUCGCUUUACCAUUGGAGAUGUCCACUACGUCGCAGAAGGUGUCAAGCUCGUCCCAGCUGGCUCGACACAGUUCGCGCAGGAUGCGACAUUCGGAUAUAAGAGCUCUUGUCUACGAGAUUAUGUUCUUGAGAAAGCACCCGGUCGGUUCAGUGAGGAUCAAUUGUAUUCUGUGACGAUCGAGGAGAUCCGAAAGGGUGGGCCGGAUGCUGUUUGCGAGAAGUUGAUGGCUGCGCCGAAGGGUGGUGUCGUUAUUGUGAAUGCGGCUGCUGAGUCGGACAUGCAUAUUUUCGUUGCUGGGUUAUUGCUUGCCGAGUCAAAGGGAAAACACUUCCUCUACCGCACUGGCGCAGCCUUCGUCUCAACCAGACUCGGUAUCCGCUCCAAAGCACCCAUAUCCGCCGCCGAGCUUCGUCUUCCCUCGCCUCGGGAAACAGGUGGGUUAAUCAUGGCAGGCUCAUAUGUGCCCAAGACGACAGCACAAUUGAAGGUCCUAACAGACCGACUUGGGACAAGCGGGAAGCUGGAGGUGAUCGAGAUCCAAGUCGAAGAGCUCAUUGCGUCACCGGAGACGGCGGAGCAGACUGUGCAGCGGGUGGUUAAGCAGACGGAAGAGUAUCUAAAGGCUGGACAAGAUACGUUGGUUAUGACCAGUCGGAAGCUGGUCACGGGUGGUGAUGAGCUUUCGUCAUUGAAGAUCGGUUCGGCAGUUGCGGAGGCGUUGGUUAGUGUUUUGCAGCGCAUUGAGGUGCGGCCGAGGUAUAUUGUCGCCAAGGGCGGUAUCACUUCUUCGGAUGCUGCUACGAAGGGUUUAAAUAUAAAGCGGGCUACUAUUGUCGGUCAAGCUGCGCCGGGUGUGCCGCUUUGGAGAUGUGAUGAGCCGACGUCUCGUCAUCAGGGCGUGCCUUUCGUGGUCUUCCCUGGUAACGUCGGGGGAGAGGAGACGCUUUGUGAUCUGGUAGAGGGAUGGCACUGA